AGUUUGUUUGAGCGAGACCAGUGGCUUCAGGAACAUGAACGGAGCUAGCGAGUUAGCCGGUUAAAUAAGUGUGAUAAGUUUUACAGUUUGCUUUCUAUUACAGAUAUACAGUUUGGUUAUUUAGUAAAAAUGCCUCCCCGGGCCGCUUCCCGGCCUGUUGAGGCGAGGUUGUUCUUUGUGCUUUUGGUGUUGAGCGCCCUGAGUACAGAGACAGUCUCAGGUAUCCAGGAGGAGAAUAAAUUACCGGAAGUGCAGCAACAGCAGCAGGCUGAGGAGAAAGCGCCAACUGGCCAACCUGCAGUUCCAGCUGUCAGCCCAGAUGAACCAAGUAAAGACAACCUUGGAUUUAUCCAUGCGUUUGUUGCAGCAAUUUCAGUCAUCAUCGUGUCUGAGCUGGGAGAUAAGACCUUCUUCAUCGCAGCCAUCAUGGCCAUGCGCUAUAACCGGCUCACAGUCUUGGCAGGCGCCAUGCUGGCACUGGGUCUCAUGACCUGUCUGUCAGUCCUCUUUGGAUACGCCACCACGAUCAUCCCACGGGUCUAUACCUACUACAUCUCCACAGUGCUGUUUGCCAUCUUCGGGGUGAGGAUGCUGAGAGAAGGGCUGAGGAUGAGCGCGGACGAAGGCCAGGAGGAGCUCGAGGAGGUGCAGGCUGAGAUUAAGAAGAAAGAUGAGGAGCUUCAGCGUUACAAGCUGGCCAAUGGCGCUUCUGAUGUAGAGGCGGGGACGGCGGCGGCCAUGUUGCCUCCUAGGAAAUGGCAUAAUUUUAUUUCGCCCAUCUUUAUCCAGGCGCUCACACUCACGUUCCUCGCAGAGUGGGGUGACCGCUCUCAGCUCGCUACCAUUGUCCUGGCUGCACGAGAGGAUCCAUUUGGCGUGGCGGUUGGAGGAACUCUGGGACAUUGUCUCUGCACAGGCCUGGCGGUGGUCGGUGGAAGGAUGGUGGCUCAGAAAAUCUCAGUCAGGACGGUCACAAUCAUCGGCGGAAUCGUGUUUCUGGCCUUCGCAUUCUCAGCUCUCUUCAUCAAGCCAGAUACUGGUUUCUAAGAAGAGGACAGACUUUCUGGGCUUAAAAUCUACAUACCACCUCCGAAGUGCUGUAUUCACAACGACAGACUGUACACAAAGACCAGCGUUGGACAGUUGAGCGUGUUUGAGAGUUUGCACAAAAGAUAACUGUUUAGACCCAGGCACAGACGCUGCAUUAGUUUUUAUUUAGCUUUUUUUGUGUCGAAUUCUUAGAUUUGUAUCCUUUAGUAACACUUUCCUUUACUUCUUUCUCUUAUCAAAUUUCUUAUUUUAUCCGGUUUUCUCUUCCUAUCAUGGCCAUAAACUGACAGCGAGUCUGCAUGAGCUCAUCAGGCUGUUUCAAUCCAGUGCAUGUGUAUGCGCGUGUGCAACUGGGUUAGGAGUAAGUCCCCAGGUUUAGAUAACUACUCUUCUACAUCGUGUCCUUUUAGUCAAUGAAGGAAACCGGUUUGCAGUAAAAUGCAGUACGUUUUUUCACAAGCCAGACCUGUGAGCUUUGUUAGAGUGUGUCAUGUUGCAGGAAAUAUAAGCACAGGCUAGAAUCAGGAACUUGUACAUUACACUAAAUUAUUUAUUAACUUAUAAAACCUCUGUUUUAACGGUCGAGAUCCUAAAUGUUGUGGGAUGAAAAGCAUCCAAAAAGUAUCAGAGACUCUAGAUCCUGUAGCUUUAUAUGACACACUGUUGAUUUAUAAACUCCUCUAACAAAUAACUGAUACAAUGCAAAUCGAAAGAGACACAAGUCAGCAGAUGCAGAGAGAUUUCAUUUAAAACAGGAAAGGAAAAUGUAUUAUGUUUCACUUAUCUUAAGAUUACUUUUUAUUAUUUGGGAAACUGAAUGUCAAUUGGUUUUGUACUCCAGCUCCAUCCAUAAAAAGAAAAUAAAUCACAUCAUCUACAGUAAAAUACCUUUAGAUCAGUACUCUAUUUCCAAUAAAUUAAUCUUAUUUUUUUUAUUCCUGUUAAGAGCUUUGACUCUUUUUUUUUGUUGUUGUUGUCCAUGUACUGUAGAACUGUCAGGGAUGUCACUGCUGCAUUUUGUACAGUUUGGGAUGAAACACGUCUGUCAAUAUUUGAAUGGAGUUACUCAUCUGUAACAAGUCAGGAGAUUUACUAUUCAGUGUGCAGAGAAGUUGACUGUAAAAAUUCCUGUAAAUAAUAAAUUGUCAGUAUGACCUUU